AAUCUUCUUUUUUUCUUCAUAUAUGCCUUGCUUGCACAGUUUCCCUACAAGAUAAAGUUCAAAAAUGGGCAUUAAAAACAACGGCAACUGACAGAACAGCUCGCGAGGGAUGAUUUAAUUCAAGGACUUUUUGCAUUUGCGUAAACAAAAAUCAAAUAUUCACUUUUACUCACCGGAGUUCUCCAAGAACACAAAAGCACGGUACGCGAAAUCACAGCAUGCGCUACGAGGACAACGCGUCUCUUUCUUUUCGAAGUAAAGUCAUCUUUUUUGCGUGAAACAUUUAUUAUUAUUAUUUUUUAAGCGAUUGGAAACUUGCUGUGGAGGACGCGUUGAGAUAACGAAUUUAUUGAAUAUGAAGAAUCAAACAGGAUACUGUGAAACAACAGGCAGUGAGCGGUUCAUGAUGAGCAACGUCAAAAUGGGCCCCGUGUUCAAGGGUCACGCAGCGGCAGCGCAGAAGGAGCGUCUCCCGCCCGAAGGCGCUGGCUCUUCAGCAUAUGAUUCUCAUGCAGCACCUUGGACAGGGUUCGCAAGCUCCUUCCCGACACCCCUCACUAACUCUCUCCUACGGUCAAAAUGGUCCAAAGAAUCGUUAAACGGUUACCCCCCUGAAUACAACUCCAUCAAGUCCACCGGGAUGAAAAGAGAAACGUUAUUCGACACCGGACAUUUGUGCAAAAAGUGCAUCUCUCAUUUCAACGUCUUCAAAAGGGAAGCGUUAAAACAAGUAACUGACGAAAAUCUUUCUACUAAAGAUCCCAAAGUCUUCAUUCAUCUUUAUGAGAGCAUGAAACCACCUGCUAUUACUGUAGAAGCCUGGGGCAAUGCGGAUGGACGCUGUGGCGUCUGCUCCGCUCACUUUAGCCAGCUGAAGCAGGAGGCUAUCCGCACGAUCCUCACCCAGGACCGGGCCAUAUGGGCUCCACCUACCACUGCCAACAUCCCAUCCACAAGCCUAGACCCAGGCUCACAAACGCUCCCCAGAACCUCAAGCCACCGAUCUGUUGUCUCAGACCCCCAUCAAAGCCCCAUCAAUGCAGCACCGGAUUGCUGGAUUAAAGGACGUCAACAUUUGGAGGCCCUGUGGCCCCUGUCCUCAUGCAAAGGAAACAAUUCAAUGUCUCAAAAGUCCUCCCAGAGUCCUUUGCAUGCAGGGAAGGUGAAUGAAAAGGAGAAUGUAACCUCUACAGCACUAUGCAACUACGGCGCCACACAGCCGACGCGUUCUUCCAGUAUGUCCUCUCUGCUCCCUGCAGGAACAUCUGCUGCCUUGUCUUUCUUUGUCAGGGCAGCACAGAAGUUGAACGUAAUGGUUAGAAGAGGAAGGCACUUCUCAGAGAGCAGUGCUUCCCAACGCAUGACAAACUUCAAUAGUCUUCUGCAGAAAUCUCCUCCUCUAGCACCAGCAAACAUUUUUCAAGCUGCUAGUAAGAGCAAGGAAACACCUGGGAUGGGAAAGGUCAAAGUGAUGCUGCGAGUGUGUUCGGUUCCUGUGUCUGACCCAUCUCAGUCCUACUCUUUCAAACUGGACCUGCAAAAAAAACAGAUCACAGUGCUGAAUGUACCCACCUUCAACCCUCAGAGACAGACUGCUGGAACUACAGUCUCCUCAAAGACCUUCACCUUUGAUGCUGCCUUUGGCCCUGAAUCAACCCAGGCAGAAGUUUGUGAGAACAGCUUGUGUGAAGUGCUGCAGUGUGUGCUUGCAGGAGCUGAUGGUUGUAUCCUAAGCUUUGGACAAACCAAUGUGGGAAUGUCUUACACAAUGAUUGGCCACGAUGGUUGCACUCAAAGCCUUGGAGUCAUUCCUUGUGCUAUAUCUUGGCUUUUCAAGCUCAUUACCAGGAAGAAAGACAAGACAUGGGCAAACAUCUCAGUUUCUGUGUCAGCUGUAGAGGUCUGUGGGGAAAACAAUGGCAUCAGGGAUUUACUCGCUGAUGUUGACACGGGCAACUGCAAGGAGACCUAUAAACCAGAUGCUUACCUCAAAGAGGAUCCCGUCUGUGGAGUACAACUCUGCAACCACAGUGUACUAAAUGCUCCAACUCCAGAAAGAGCAGCUUUCCUACUAGAUGCAGCUCUUGCAUCUCGCAGUGGGAUGGUGGACAGUGGAGGGAGACCACCACAUUGUUGUCACAUGUUCUUCACCCUGCAUGUUCGCCAACAGCACAUAGGAAGCAGCACCAAAUCUGGGAUGAAUGUGGAUCAAAGCAAGCUGAGCCUGAUCGAUUUAGGGAGCUGCGUGGGGGAGAGGGAAGGAAGCAACUGUGGAGUCUGCCUCGCUGAGCUUGGAAACUUUAUCACAGUCAAUCUCAACAGACAUAAUCACGUCCCUAAUAGGGGAAGUAAAUUAGCCAUGCUUUUGCAAGACUCUCUGAGCAAUGUCAACUGCUCCACCACAAUUAUUGCCCAUAUAUCCACCUUGUCUGAGGACCUUACAGAAAGCCUUUGUACGAUGCAGACUGUGACUCGAAUGCGAAGGCAGAAGAAAAAGAUAAGGAAAUCUUCUUCAAGCUCGCCUGGAGGAAGAAGCUUAGGCAACGAGAGGAAAUUUAAUAAUUCCACCAAGCUGAGAUUCCAAUCUACGGGAACACUGGAUCAAGAUCUCUCCUCUCCUGGUUUCUCUAGUGAUCCAGUAUUUUACCCUGGGAGUGAUAAGUCUUGUGAUACCAUUAUCUCUAUGGAUCCUUCUGGCCUCCUAGAUAAAGAGGUUACAAAUAGGAGCAGAGAGGUUUUGCCUAUUAUUCCAUCCUUACUCAAGAGCAAAUUGGAGUCCAAGAAGCUCUCACUGAUGAAGUUUUGUGAAAUCUCUCCACCAAUUUCCAAUCGCAUGAAGCAGAUAUCAAAAGAAAAGACUAAAGAAGAGUCAACACCAACAAUUUUGCAAGAUAAAUCAGAUUUUGAGUGCCUGAAGUGCAACACAUUUGCAGAACUCCAGAAUAGACUGGGGAACAUAGACGGAACAGAGUUGGAUCUAUGCAAAGAUCAGGAAGUGAACCCUGUGAGCAAAUCACCUCGCUUAAGCCAAACCAAAAAGAAAUCCAAUUCAUUGGACAUUCAAGCAUUAAACAACAGAGAACCCAAUAGUAUCAGACAAGGAAACUCCUCAAAAACAUUUGCGAUAAUUCACAACAGUGAAGAAAUUCCAAGUACCGCCAAUUCACAGAUUAUUCAGCCACAGUUAGAUGUUGUCAAACCGAGUGAUCCCAUGCUGUGUAGCCUAUCUCUAAGCAAAUCUAAGCUUCAUAAUAAAAUAAUGAAUAUGAUGCCCACUGCACUAUCUUUGAAAUUGGAAGACCAAGGUAAAAUGAGAUUAUCGGAUAAUUCCACAUUGCAAUCUGAGACAAGAAUAUCUCCCAUCGGCAAGAGUUCUCCGAGGUCUACCUCGUCCUCUUCUUUUUCAUCAUCCCUGUCUUCCAGUUUGAGCUCCCCACCGGCUGUUUCUGCCUCUUUGAAUGGAGACAUUCCACAUUGUACAGGAAAAAAACAGCGAGAGAUGAGGGCCACCAUCACUGUAACUGUUCAGAAGCCACUGGAUCUUAAUGGACACGAUGAGCUUGUGUAUACCGUGGUUGAGGAGGUAACAAUAAAUGGGGCCACUGAGCAAGGAAAGGCACAAAUAUUAAGCAUUCAUGAGUCACACUCUCUCCAGGCUUUAACGCCAGGAAGUCAGUCUGUCAGGAUUAUCGGCAGCGUAGGUGAAGAACAAACAGCAAGUUUUUAUAGUUCCAACUCUAAUGCACAAAGUUCAGAGCAUGACGCCCCCACGGUCUCAUCAGAUGCAGAUAUUAAACACACAAAAACCAAUGCACAUAUUGACAAGGCAGGUGGCUUCAUUGAUUCAAAAAACCUUCCGCAGCUUGAUACUUGGUCUGAGGUGCCCCUGACUGAAGAUGUGAAGGAGAUACCUAAAGGAGCCAUGGUUAAACUUGACCCUCCCUGUGAGGUCUCGAAGUCCAGAAAAUAUACUUGUGAAAUUAAACCUGAGCAGAGCUGGUUGUGCCAAAACAACAAGAAAGACGUCUGGGAUGUCCCUCACAUGAAAAUAGAACAAAAGAACCCACAGAGUCCAAGAGAAACUCCCGAGAAGAAACAAUAUACAAAGAAAGGCGGUCCUGUAGAUUGGACCAAAGACAAUAUGCCACCAACAUCAACAAACAGUCCCACUCUCAAAAGAAAAGAGACGAAAGAAGAAUCUGGAAUAGCCAGAAAUGCAACGAUAAACAUGGCUACUGAAACUACGACCAACACUAAAUCUCAUUUUGAGGAGAGCAGCAAGUUGUUUAAUGCAAAACUGAAAGCAUUAUCCGGCAGGAGCCAAACAUGGGAUCACAGUAAGAGCGGGCGCUCAACAGGAAGCUUGGAAGGUAAUUCUAGCUCAAGACUUAAAAGCAAGUUCCUUGAAGAGACUGCUUUCAUCGAUAUGGCUCCGAAAGGCCUUUUAGAUGAAGAUUAUAUUUCAGCACAACCCAGCCCGCUAGGUUUUAAAGAAGACUUUGAGGACUUUGUAAGGUGUCGAGCUAGCCAGAGUCUCGGUAGGGUUCCACAGUUCUUCCCCAUGCAUGAUGCCAAUGAUCCAACCCGGCCAUCAAAAAACGGUCACUCUAAGAUCACAACCAUUAAUAAAUUCAUGCCCGGUUCAAAGAUCCACAAGAUGCCAGACUUGUCUCCCAAACCCACUAGACACACGAUCAACCGGAGCUCAAGCUUUUCUCCUAACGGAGCACCUGUCAGCCAGAGCUCCUGGUCAAUACACUCCCUAUCCCGAAGUCAAGACAACGGCAGUUUGAAGUCACCCGGUGCAGUCCGGAAAGGAAGAGUUGAGCUUUUAAGAAGCAGUAGAGAUUCUCUUUCUGCUUUUAGUCAAGGUGGGUCAGAUUUAGAUGAAUGUGAGGAACUGGGGAUGAUGAAACCUUUCGUUCACACAUUGCCAUCCCCGUAUAGCCGGAUCACGGCUCCACGGACUCCACACCACUGCAGCGGCCAUGCCAGCGAUACCACCAGUGUUCUCAGUGGAGAGCUGCCUCCUGCCAUGUGUAAAACGGCUUUACUCUAUAACAGGAGCAGUAUGGUCAGUAGUGGCUAUGAAAGCAUGUUGAGAGACAGUGAAGCUACAAUCAGCAGCAGUUCAACGCACAACUCCAUCAGCGAUCAGAGCUGCUCGCUCGGUGCUGCUAAAGGCAUGAGAAGUAACAAGAAAAGAACCAACAUAGGGUCCAGUCUAAGACGUCCAUCUCAAGACAACCUCCUGUCACUGAAGAGAUCUGUCAGUGGGCCCAAAACGCACCGGGUGGAUCGGGGUGGUUCUGACUCUUAUGAAAUUAAAGUCUAUGAGAUUGAUAAUGUAAAUGGCAUACAGAAGAGAGGUGGGGCAGGGAACAAGGGUAUAGUCCUCUUUAGUGCAAAGCUGAAAUUCUUGGAGCAUCGACAGCAGAGAAUAGCAGAGGUGAGACUCAGGUAUAAUGCUCUCAGGCGAGAGUUGGAACAUGCCAAGCAUCAUCUGAUGUUGGACCCUGGAAAAUGGACCCGUGAAUUUGACUUAUGGCAAACGUUUGAGGUAGACUCCCUGGAACACUUAGAGGCUUUGGAGCAAGUCACUCAACGGCUAGAGCGUCAUGUUAACCUCUGCAAAGCACAUGUCUUGAUGGUCACCAGCUUUGAUGUUACACCCAAGUGCAGACAAAAGUUACGACAUCGGCCCACGAUAGAUCAUACAACGUUCGCAGGAAUAUAGCAUGCCAAGAUUUUACAUGACCACUUUUACCUGUUAUGCAAAAUAUUAAAUGAUAUUCGUGCAAAUAUACAGAGCAACUAGGGGGACAUAGUGAUGGAA